GAAAACACACGUCGCCGCUCCGGUAUGUUUGCAAACGAAAUGUCGGAGAGAGAGAAAGACGACUAGAGGAUUUUAUGUGAAAAUGGUCCGGAUGAGCGCGGAUCUGAGUCGGUCGGAUUAACUUUCGGAUGGAGCGUGUUUCUUUUUCUCCAAACGCAGCGGCAGCAGCAGAGAGGCGCUGAGGGGGAUCGGAAUUCACCGGUGACAAGUCUGGGAGGAAAAAAAAAAAAAGAAAGGAGGAUUCAUUCGUGACAUAGAGGAAGCUUUUCAAGAAGACGGCUGGGUUUUAACCUCCGGGGGAAGAAGAGAUCCGAGAUUUAAAGAGAUUUAAAGAAGCCGUUUCUGUAAAGAGACCAUCCCAACUUUUCUCUCUCUCCGACCAUGGCGAAAAAGUAUGAUUUUCUUUACAAACUGUUGCUCAUCGGAGAUAGCGGAGUGGGGAAAACAUGUCUGAUCAUACGUUUCGCUGAGGACAAUUUCAACUCCACGUACAUUUCCACCAUCGGCAUCGACUUUAAAGUAAAAACCAUCGAAGUGGAAGGAAAGAAAGUAAAACUACAAGUGUGGGACACAGCGGGGCAGGAGAGGUUCAAGACCAUUACGACAGCCUACUACAGAGGAGCCAUGGGCAUCAUCCUGGUGUACGACAUCACAGACGAGAAGUCCUUCGAAAACAUUCAGAACUGGAUGAAGAGCAUCAAAGAAAAUGCAUCGGCUGGGGUCAGCCGGAUGUUACUAGGCAAUAAGUGUGACAUUGAGGCGAAGCGGAAAGUUUCCAGGGAGACGGGAGAGAAGCUGGCUAAAGAUCACGGCAUCAGGUUCUUUGAAACCAGUGCAAAGUCCAGCAUCAACGUUGAGGAGUCAUUUCUGGCUUUGGCACGAGACAUUCUACAAAAAUCCAGCAAGAAACAGGGCGUCUCGGGCCGAGAGGUCAAAAUCACCAGCAGCACAGAGAAGAAGUCCUCUAAAUGCGCUCUUCUCUAGAUGUGACGACUGCAAGCACAAAACUGAAGAACAUAGCAGCGUUUCUGAGAAAAACUUCCAAGUUUUAUUGUCUCCACCUGCUGGUCAAAAAUGUCAAACACACAAAGGUGCCUAAAGUCCGUUUUUAUAGCUAAAAAUCUGUUGUCUAUGCAAGUAUUGUUCUUUUCCCCACAUUGGUUUCUGGAUUUCUUCAUUGAGAAAGAGUUUUCGACCCAUGCACAUGAUCUGUGGCGUCUACUGUGUUCAUCUGAACAGCUGGUGAGGCAGCGUCUUCAGUGACUCUGGGCCAUUGCAGUAUUAGAAACAGAAGACCCAAAGUAUAUUUCACUUUUUUGUGUUUUUCUGAUGUUUUUCUUGGGCUUGAGAUCACAGUACAUUUCUUUUAGCAACACUGUUUUGAAGUUUUUAUUUCCUUUACAUCUCUGUUCCCUUAUUGCGUUUCUUGUGAGCCCCUCAUGUUUUAGCUUUCUGUGUUUGGUAGCAGAGGAAGAAUUUGAUGUAAAAUCUUUUGAUUUCCACACACAAGACACAUUUCUUGUUGCGUUUCACCCAAUGAUCGAGCAUCAGUGGCCUGUAGAUGAAAGAUUCCGUUUCGACGGUGUGAAUGCUGGAUGGCACAGCUACAGUAAUUACCAGAAGGCUAUGAAAUGUACUUGAACGGCAGUGUAGGUUUGAUCACUCAAAGAAGCAUGUUAAUACUUCACACACCACAGUGUUUCGUCCUUGCAGUGCCAUUACAGACAUAUUUGUUUCCCAUCAUUUCAAUUAUCACACACAUACAGUGCAGGGAUGGAUGUCAAAGAAACUGUUCAGUUUGUCUUUUAAUAAUAAAUUUAAUGUGUCCAUAGUGAUCAGUAUUACAAAUGAUGAUAUUGAGCAAAUUAUGCCAUUGUGCCAUGAAAGACCAGGAGGAAAUCACAUGUAAAUAGCAAGGUUCCACACAAAGAGAAUGAAAGAAUAUAUACUUCUGGUUUGGUUGCCUGGAGUUGAAAUUGAAACAAACACUUGUGGUGAACGGGCUUUGUUUUAGUAGCGGGAUGGUUUGAGAAUGUGGAGGAUAGUAACAGAGAUAAGUGCAAUAUGAGAAGAUGAGUGGAGAGAUGAGAGAAGAACGGGCCAAGCAAGUGAAUGGACAGGAUGUGAAAGCCAGGGAAGCAGCAGUGGUCCCAUGUCCCUCAUUUUCAAUUGAUUUCGUGGGUCUCGCCUUUUAUCCGAAGUGCCUGGUAAAUCUCUCACCAGACACCGCCACACAUUAGCUCCCUCUGAUACGACGGUCGGCCUGUUCGGGCCGUUUUUCACAUCAUUAGGAAUGACUGUGAUCACUGGUGUUUAUCUGAUCCUGACACUUCUUUCGCCUGCGCGCUGAAUUUCCUACAGCUCUCCCUUUUGUGUUUAUUUCGCAUUUUGUGUCUUUCUAGACUUGCUGCAGGACUUUGUAUGUAUGGUUACCAGACCCGAUGCUUUGAAAAUAAAAAGGCAAAACUCUGAA